AUGGACCCAAAGUCAAUAAGGCUAGGGGGCUCUCUUGAGGUGCCUUCUGUUCAAGAGCUGGCUAGGGAACAGUUAGGCACCGUUCCGCCGCGAUAUGUACGUCCCGUUCAAGAUCAUCCGAUCAUAUCUGAUAACUCCUCCUUACCUCAGGUCCCCAUCAUCGACUUGCAGAGCUUGCUUUCUGGAGAUUCCAAAGAUUUAGAGCUUGAAAAGCUACACCGUGCAUGCAAGGAAUGGAGUUUCUUUCAGCUGAUAAAUCAUGAAGUGAGCUCUUCAUUGGUGGACAAAUUGAAGAUUGAGAUUCAGGAGUUCUUCAAACUUCCAGUAGAGGAGAAGAAGAAGUUUGGGCAAGAACCAGGAGACAUAGAGGGAUUUGGACAGGCCUUUGUUGUAUCUGAGGAACAAAAGCUUGAUUGGGCAGAUAUGUUCUACAUUGUCACCCUUCCAACCUACUUAAGGAAACCCCAAUUAUUACCCAAGUUCCCUGCUCCUUUCAGUCCAUGGUUGGAAAAUCAACCUCUGAAGGUCUCCUUUGUGACCCACUCACUUCCAGCAGGUAGGUCAAUUACGACAUUGAGAGAUACCAUGGAAGCCCACUCAAUAGAAGUAAAAAACCUUGCCAUGAAUAUCCUUACCUUUAUAGCAAAAGCUUUAAAAAUGGAGGUUGGUGAUACGAGGGUGCUAUUUGAAGAAGGGAUGCAGGGAAUGAGGAUCAAUUACUAUCCUCCAUGUCCUCAACCGGAGUCGGUCAUUGGCCUGACCCCGCACUCGGAUUCCGGCGGCCUCACCAUUCUCCUCCAAGUUAGUGAAAUCGAAGGCCUCCAAAUAAAAAAGGAUGGAAUUUGGAUUCCGGUUGUUCCACUCCCUAAUGCAUUUACAGUCAACAUUGGAGACAUCUUGGAGAUUGUGACAAAUGGAAUUUACCGCAGUAUUGAGCAUCGAGCAGUAGUGAAUUCAAAGAAAGAGAGGCUUUCCAUCGCCGCUUUUCUUAGCCCAAAAUUAGAUGGAGAUCUAGGACCAGCUCCAAGCCUUAUCAAUGAACAAACACCAGCAUUAUUCAAAAGGAUUGGUGUUGCAGAUUUCUUCAGGGGAUAUUAUUCUCGCAAGCUUGAGGGAAAAUCAUAUUUGGAUAUCAUGAGGAUUGAAAAAGAUGGGCAAAAAUAUUAA